UGAAGUUUCGCCCCUCGUCCAUUCCGCCUUCGACGGGCCGUCGCGACGCCGAAAUCGAUGACAAAUCGCGGGUGAUUCCUUCGACAACGUAUAACAGUUCGGUGCGUGUGCUUUGAUCGUGUGUUAAAAGCGAAAAACGAAUCUGCAAACAUGUUGAUCGGUCUUGUUAGGGAGUCGGUGCUGCAGUGCUUCUGUCACACGUGCCGGGCCCCGGUGCCCGCAGCCGUGCACAGAAGGAACGUACCGAUCACGAAAGUGAAAACGAAACCCAGAACCAACCAGCCGAAAAGGGUUCAGUUCCUCACGACCGAGGUUCGAUGCCAGGAGAAGACGCGAGGCGGGGUUCGCUACGAGGUCAUCCUCAGCGAGCCCGAGGUCAAGGCGGCGCCCCCGAAAAAGAUCGAGCAGCAGCUGACGCCGAAAAGCGGCGGCGGCGUCUCGGCGCGCGAUAUCGAAGACAAGCUGAGAGCGGCGGAAGAACGCAGACAGCAAUUGGAGACUAGCAAAAUGGCGGCGCUGUCGGCGAAAAUGCAAAAGAUCGAGGAGGCGAGCCGCAAGAAGGACGAGCAGACGAGUCAGUUUAUCAGCGCCACCCGCGACGCCCUCGAGCAGAAAAUGGGCAUCGUCACCGAGAAGAGGGAAGCGUACAUCACUGACUUGAAGACGAAACUAAAGGACCAUAUCGAGAACGUGGAAAAAACGAGGCUGUCGCUGGAACAGCAAACGGACGAGGUGCGGGUCGCUAUCGAGGACAAACUGAAGACGGCGUCGAUUCAACGCGACGGCAACAUCAAGAAGAUGCUCGAGCGUCUUAAGGAGCACGAGGAUCAGGUGCGCAAAGUGCGCGACUCGAAUAAUCGGAAGUUGGGACAGCUCGACGCCGCCAUUCAGGAUAAGCUCGAGCAGGCGAGGACGCGUAAGGAGCAACUCGAGCAGGACCAGCUCGAACGGCUCAAGAAGAAAAAUACGAAACCGCUGGAGGUGCAAAAGUCGGUCGAGUCGACGAUCGAGGGACGCAGAACCGAAGUGACCAACCUGAUCGAGAACAAGUUGUGCGUUGCGGAACAGCUGCGCGAGAAAGAGAUGCAACGGAAAAUCGAAAACGUCAAGAAACACAACGAGCAGCUGGUCGAGGUAAAGCAAAAACUAGAGAAUCGUAAGACUGAGACGGUGUCGAAAAUCGAGACCAAGCUGACCGCGGCGGAACAGAAACGCGAACAGGAGAUCCAGAAGAAACUGGAGAACAUCAAAAAACACGAGAAGCACGCCGAAACGGUACGCCUGAACAAAGCUAAAAUGGCGGCCCAGGAAGAGGAGUACCCGUCGUACGGCUAAGCUAAAAAGUUGUAUGUAUUUAUCCGCUUUCGCCCCCCCCCCCCCGUCCCCCGGAUGUCUACAACGCGCGGGGGAUUUAUCAGUAGUCGAGUUGUUGGUACCCGCUUCUUUUUGGACCGCGAGAGAUGUGAUUUUUCCGUUUUAACUAUUUAUUUUAUUUUCUCUGCCGUUUGUAAUAUUUUUAAUUUGAAUUUACUCACUAAACGUUUAUUUUGGAUCCGUUUUGGUUUGUUGAUUUCCGCGUCCAUCCCAACCACUUUUGUCGAUUUCCGUAUGACGUUAAAACAUGUUGGUGGACCAGCUCGGUGUGAAUUCGCUUGUGUAAAAAUGACCACCAUAUAUUAUUAUUUUGAAAUUAGUUGGGCACUUCUUAGCUAGGUAUAUUUUGGGAAAUUGCGAGGGAACGUAUUUUGUAAUUCGUUGGGUGCAUUAUAUCCGCGUCCGAUAACGGUGAUAACUUUAGAUAGGUUAUACUCCAUUAUAUAGUAUUAUUAGCUAGAGGGGUGGUCGGUGUGUCUUUGUGCGGGCCGCUUUCGGAGCAGCAUAACGCUUGCCGUGAUUCGCUCAAGAAAAAUUUAUCAUAUACAGGGUGGCACGAAUUAUAGUGGUGAAACUUUGGCGCCUUAUUCGGCAGGUAGAAAUACGCAAAAAAAGUUCAUAUAAACUUAUAUCUUGGUUUUGAAAGAUGCAGAGAAGGAAAAAUCAUUUUUCCUUUUUUUUUUUCAUGCAAUUUUAUAUCCUAGGUAAGCUUAUUUUGGAUAAUAAAAAAAGUAAUAAUCCAAUUAAGUGCACCUAGCAAAAAAAUCUGCUAUAAAUGUGUUUUCAAGUGACCACUCAACUUGAAGGCAAACUCUUGAAGAGCUUUUUUAAGAAUACGGAGACUCCCUGUAUAUCCAUAACGGAAGUGUUUAGGGACGUAAUGUAAGAACUUUUUUUGCAAUUAAGGCGAAGGAUAUUUUUGUUAAUUUACUGAUCUUGGCCUCAACGCGGCGAUCAUUCGGCCAUUGAAAAGAGCUUGUAUUUUCCUCCCAGUGGCCAUUAUAACCAGGAUCAUUCGACCAUUACCUAAGAUUCGUUCUGGAAUCGUGACAGCAGCACUUGCCUUAAUGCAACGUAGUUGAGAAAUCUUUUUAUUGAAAAUCUUUCAUCUGCCGAAUACGCUGCCAUAGUUUCUCCAUCUUAAAUUGGACCAUCCCGUUCAGCGGAGGUUUUUUAAUAAAUUCAAAAAAUGUCUGCACCACAUGAGAUAUUAAUCCUAAGUGUGUGUUAUUUUUGUAAAAAUUCUACUUUAACGUUGAUCAAAAUUAAAACGCUGCAGCUGCCUUUAAGUGUGAGUGUGUGUUAAAAAUAAUUGUUAAACGGGGAGUGUUUCGAGGGCCCCUUUUUCAAACCAAGAAAACUGCUUUCGAAUGAUCCCCGUCUCACGCUUUCGCGAUUUUUUCUGCGGGGUGGCUCAAAACACAUUCUAAUUGAUAUUUUUACGCAACAAAAGUUUGGGCGAUUAGUCUUUGCUCACCUAUCCAAUGUAAGAAAAAAAGAAGAAGAUAAACACCAAUGGUCAAAGCACCAGUAACUUUUUUAAAAAAUGUCCCAAUCAUACUUUUGUCGCAUGUGUUUUGAUACACCCUGUAUAUUCGAGAAACCGGAAAGUAAUAGGUACGUAAUACUACGGCUGUUUGAAUUCCGCGUUUUUCCGUGUCGUUUCGUGCUGUUUUUAAUAUUUGCCUAGUUGUAAUCAAAUUCGUUUUCCUUUAUCAUAAUAUUGCUUAAUAAAAUGUAAA